UAAAUAUUGAAACACUAAAAUUCUUUACAACAUGGUACAUUAAAGAACAGAGGGAGCAUCUCACAAGAGUUCCAAACAAGGUUUUGCAUGGAUGCAGUGAGACCAAGAAAAGUUACUUCACAAGCAACAUUAAGCAAUCAAAAUUAAUUAUAAUUUUCAUUAUUAUAACACAAACUGUAUUUACUUGCACUAACUCGCAACUAACAGCAGCAUAUAUACAGCAUAUGAAAAGUCAUAUCAAAACGAUAUCAUAUGAUUAUAAAACCAAUAUAUAUUGAUUCACCAAGAAGUAACAAUCCUAUACCCGACCGAAACAAGAAGAAAAUAGAUACGCAGUGUUGCUUCAACUUGCAAGAAACUAUAGAGAAAAUUAUAUGCAUAGUAUUCAAUUCAGUAUACAAACAAAACAGAAAAAAACACUUCAAAGUAAAUGUACGUAUAAAAUACUUAUUCAGAAUUUCCAGAGGGCCAUGGAAAUCUUAAGCAAUAGAGAUAUGAUUUUUUGUCCAAACAAAGCAAAUCUAAUGACUUGUUACUUUUAGAUUGGACAAGAGAAGAUUUCAUGUCUUAGUUUCUAUUUUUCUCUAUAUAAACACACCCCCAGUUUAUUCUUUAAAGCCUUCCUCUCUUCUUAAUCAUUUGCUUUCAAGUCUCAGAAACUCUUUCUUCUAAAUGAGACAAAAGGGUCACAGACACGGAGAAGCAGUGUCACCUUGUGCCGGAUGCAAGCUUCUUCGGAGAAAAUGUGUGAAAAAUUGCGUCUUUGCUCCAUAUUUUCCGGCUAAGGAGCCUUACAAGUUUGCCAUUGUCCACAAGAUCUUUGGUGCUAGUAAUGUCAAUAAGAUGUUGCAGGUGUUGUCGGAGAACCACCGGAGCGACGCCGUAAAUUCGUUGGUGUACGAGGCCAACGCGAGGGUACAAGAUCCUGUGUACGGAUGUGUAGGAACAAUUUCGUCAUUACACAGACAACUCGAAACUCUCCAAACUCAGCUAGCUUUUGCUCAGGCCGAACUGGUUCAUAUGAAGACGCUCCACCAUGUUGACACUAGAUCGUCGCCGUAUAUGGCGAGUAGCAUUACUUUCCCCGCGAUCAAAGACUUCUCCAGUGACGACAACAUGGCUUUUAUGUACGAUAAUGGUGCCGGCGAGUCCCUUUGGUCGUGCUAG